AUGUGGUUCGAGGAGAGUAGUUGGUCGAAUCUCCGUCUCACCGACAUGGGACACGUCGAAGAAUGGAGAGAUUUGUGGCCGACGAAAAUCGAGUUCAUCGUCUCGGCGAUGGCUUAUCUAUUCGCAAUGACCAACUUUUUGAAUUUACCCAAAUUGAUACUAGAUAAUGGAGGUGUUGCCUUUGCCGCCGCGUACGCCGCCGUCGUCGGAAUCCUCUGUAUGCCCACGAUGAUAAUGGAGAUGUCGAUUGGACAAGUCACCGGAAGAGCACCGGUUCUCGCAUUCUAUCAUCUUUUCCCUGUGUUUAAAGGAAUCGGUGUCGCCCAAAUCCUGUUCACCCUCGUCGUACUGGCAUGUAUGACCAAAUUCCUGUCAACUCUCUGCCUUUUCCUCUACUAUUUCACCUGGACCAUUACCGUCCACCGCGAAGGACUCCCAUGGCUCAACUGCAAACAAUUUCCCGAAUUUGUGUCCCAUCCGUGUCGGGAGGCCGGAUCGAUUACCAACAUCACACAAAUCAAUAAUCGAUUGAAUACGAUCCAAGCGGAAAGCUCAAUGAUGCAGUUUUUGUUAACCCUGGAACGCCCGAGUGAAUCGAUAGCCGACUUCAAAGACUUCCAAUACAGUAUCCUGAUAUCUCAGGGAGCCAUCUGGUUGGGAGUAUUCAUUUGUAUUUGUUUCGGUGUCCGAUGGGUCGGAAAACCCAUUUCCGUCUGUCUAAUGCUCGCAUUCGCCACUCUCCUCGUCUUCUUCCUUCGUUCGGCAACUCUAGGCGGUGUGACUGAAAUUCUGGAAAUCUACUGGAAGGCGACCGAUUGGGAGAGACUUUACGACUAUCGGGUAUGGCGAUUGGCUGUGGAACAAGCGAUUCUUGGAACGGGUAUUGGAUAUGGUGCAUUCAUUACGAUGAGCAGUUAUAUGAAGAGACACAAUAAUCUUGUCACUGACUCAAUCUUCCUCUCCCUAUGGCACCUCAUCAUCACAUUCGUCCAAACGAUGUCAGUCAUCUGUAUCGUCGGUUUUCUCUCCCAAAAACUCGGAAUCCAUCCAUCGGAACUUCUGGAGACUGGCGAAGAUCAAAUGUGGUAUAUGUUGGCGUACGUCUCGUAUCUUCCCAGAUUGUGGUCAGCCAUCCUACUCGGCGUCUCAAUUUGCACAAUGUUCUCUGUCAUUGUAAUCCUCGCCCUGUCUGUCCUCUCGACAGUCGAAGAUUCAUUCGGUGCCAACUGGUCAAAGUGUUGUCGACGCUUCAUGUUGGCUCUGUUCGUCUGCGCAUUUUGCUACGGACUUACAGUAUACUUUGCCACGCAGGCGGGACGACAUGCUUACGAGUUGGCGACUCGUAGUAUCAAAUAUUGCACCAUUUACUUCAUUUUGACAGCGGAAUUGUUUGCGACCGCAUGGUUUUAUUGCGCCCACAAACUCGGUCGUGACCUUCACUCAAUGAUGAAAUCCAAGUGUUGCUCAUGUUUCGGUCACUUCUUCCUCUACUUCACAUAUCUUCUGCCAAUCCUUCCAGCCGGUGUCGCAUUCCUCAACGCGAUGGAUUACAAGUUCACCUCGUUCUCCGCCCCGAUUCAUGAGUGGAAAUACUCGGAAUACGUGGGAAUCGCCAUCGCAAUGGUCCCUCUUCUACCCAUCCCAUUGUACUUCUUCAUGACGAUUCUAUGCGCGUGUUGUUGUAAAGGAAAGAAUCAUCAGAAGACGUGCAAGAGAAUCCGCGGCGUGUUUGGCUCCCGCCUCCAGAAUCAACAUCACCAACGAAACGAAAAGUCGCAACCGAUUCCUCGCUACACAUCGAACGCUCCCGGCUACUUGUUGCUCCCGCAGGCUCCGCUCGCCGAACCCGAAAUUUAUGCUUAA